AUGUCAGAUUUCAUUCCAUUCGAAAUGCAAAUUGAAAUCAUUAACAGGCUUCCUGCCAAGUCAGCUGUUAAAUUCCGACUUGUUUCAAAACCCUGGAAUUCUUACAUCGGCAGUUCUGAGUUUAUUGUCGCUCAUCACCACCAAAACAGUCACCGCCAACAACCACCCCGUCUACGUCUUUGGUGCAAAGGCCCACCAAGGAAACGCCAUGUCUCACCAAACUGCCAUGUUAAGUUUUUUGAGGACAAGUAUGUCACAGUUUUCGAUGACGACACUUUCUAUCAGCAAGACUUUACUCUCAAGGCUCUACGUAUCACUAAACAACUUACUAUUUCUAGAGUAAUUGAUUGCUCUCAUGGCUUGGUGUGCUUGUAUGAUUUCGAUGACAACAUCCUAAUUAAUUCUGAAGUCGUUAUCCUUUGGAAUCCUUUAAUCAAUAAAUGUGUUCUGCUUCCUUUGCCUUUUCCUUCUGAUACAACAUUUGUAGGUUUUGGGGUCUGUCCCGUCACUUUUGACCCUACUGUUGUAAAGAUUUUAUAUGGAGACCUUAAAGAUAGCCUACAUUGGAAAGUUGAAGUUUUUACGCUGAGCUCGGGGACUUGGAAGAGCCUCACGUCGAGAAAUCUGCCUCGUAAAACAGUUUAUCUUCAAAUCCAUGAGCAAUGCUGUCAGGUACUUAUCGACAGGUUUAUUUACUGGGAUGCUUGUGAAGCGAGGAUUGUUGCUGAAGAUGCAAAACCUCAGGACGUUAAUUUGAUUGUAUCAUUUGAUAUGACGACACAUGAGUUUGAAAUGAUUCCUUUUACAUGA